CUGCGUUGAGUCAGUUCGCCGAAGCUCUGCCGACUGGAGGGAUGUGACCCCGGAACAGGACGCCCUCCUACAACAACACACCAUUCAAACUGAGCACAGAAGAAAGAAAAGCUGGACCAGGAGGGAGCUACAGGAGCAGGGGGGAUGAACCGCGAGGAGGCCCCGGGGAAGUCUCCUGAAGACAUGUACAUCCAACAGAAAGUGCGGGUCCUGCUCAUGCUAAAGAAAAUGGGAUCAAAUCUUACGCCCAGUGAAGAGGCUUUUCUCCGAAAUUACGCAGGUGUGGUCCACAGUCAGAUGAGCCAGCUACCACAGCACAACAUAGACCAGGGUGCAGAGGACGUGGUGAUGGCGUUCUCACGGUCAGAGACGGAGGAUCGGCGACAGUGACCCUGGGCCCCCCUCAUCCGCCCCACUGCAUCCCUCCCCGCCCCCAUCCCGCCCCGCACGUGAUCCACAACAACCCAAACUCCACAAACACGACACUGAUGAGCUCAGGAGAGGAGGGGGCGCCCGAGAGGGUCCGAAGAGGAGGGGAAGAGACACCAGGAGGUGGCUGCCUCGCUCCCCCCCCCCUCAGCCUCUUCCAUCCCCGACUCCUCCUCAUACAAGCUGGCACACCAUUACCUGAGAUGCACUCAAGUGCUUCACUGUGGGUUGAAGCCUCAGCAACAAGGCAGUCAGUGAAAACACUCACAGAUUGUGUGGAUAAAUAUCAAAUGUAGUUUCUUUUUUUUUUCUUUUUUUUGUGGGUGGGUUGGUUUUGUUUUGUAUUAUUUUGUCUGUGUUGAGGCGUUAGGCAGUGUUACGUGUUAUAUCUGCUGUGGUCACCGGAGGAAGUGACCAGUCAGCAGCUGAUUGAAGCAAAGAGAAAUAUAGUUUUGGUCAAGCAGCGAGUGUGAUGAUCGAUUGUGUUAGGGGAGAGAUUUUUUAAUUAUUUCUGCUUACCCUAACGGGGCUGAAAUUGUUUUUGAUUUAGCUGUUGUGUUAUAAAGGCUUUUGUAUUCUGUCACACACGGGGGCCUCACUUAUGGAUGCUUCGUGUGUAUAAAAAAAAAGGCGUGAAAGACGGGUACACCAUCUCCCACGCAGGGAUGUUUCUGGAGAGCGUCAACACAUCUACUGGACAUGAAGAUGAAGUAGUUGAAUAAAAUCUAAUGUAAUAAUAUCUCUUCCCAGACAAUUAAUCACACAUUAUAUCAAAUUCUGGCCUGUUUAUCACCUUCUUGCAGCAGGAAGUCAGUUGUUCGACCCAGAUUCAAUCAAGUCUAGUGAGCUCUGGUAGCUCUUUUUCUUUACCAAUAUACAGCUAUAUGUUUUUUUGUUAUCAAGUUUGAGUUUUUUAUUUUAAAAUCAUUUGACUUUCUGAUCACACAGCGCUCACUGCUGCUGAUUUUCUCUUAUCAGUCAAACCGGAAAUACACCCACAAAACGGUUACACUCAUGUCUCUGUUUGGAUUUGCAGUCUGACCUUUUGUUCACGUACAAAUACGAGAAUGACGCACUGAUUGAUGUGUGUAUUAACACACCAGGCCAGUCGUUAAUCAUUCACGUUGAAUUCUGGGAGUUAACAGGGCAGGAUGACGAGGUGAAUGGCCUCAUCAGCUCAAGGCGUUAAGGUGAAGGUAUUUCUGAACACGCGGUUUUUCUCUGCGCACAGUUUUAUAAAUGAGGCCCCUCUCGUUCUUCUGCUGCUUUAUUUUGAACCAUAGGCUGUUGAGAGUGCAACACUGCUUUCCUCUCGGGGAAACGCGUAAGACUUAAAGACACUAGCAGACGUAAUCACAUGAAACACAGGUGUACACAUUCUCCCCCCAAACACACACUGGUUUUGGGUUAUUGUGUCAUGUAAAACCUUUUUUUAUUGUACAGAUAGUCGGGGAAAAUACAAUAAUGAAUUGACUGUGCCAAUUGUUUAUUUUGUUGUUUUUUUUUUAUCUGUAAGAUAAAAUUAACAUAAUGAUUUAAGAAAAAUUGAUAAGAGACGAGCUGUAGUUGUAAUUUAUUGUUUACUGAAUUGACUUCCUCGAAAGCAUCGUUAAAGAUGGAGAACCAGUAGAUAGUUUAAUGCCAUCAGCAGUUUGCUCUUCGUUCACACUAAAAAAAAAUCACACAAACUCUAAUUCUUAACUACCUGUAGCGAAACACGUGAAGCCAAACAUCAGAGCUGUGUGCUAUUUCUGACUGUACUGUAUCUCUUGCACUAUUAUCAAUGGGAUAUUUGCAAAAAAUACAUUUUGAUAUUUAGCACAGAGAUUCUAUGUUUGGUUCAAUGGAUAAAAUAAAACUUUGUAACCAUGUUUUUAUUCUUUCACAGAUUUCAAAAAUACCUUCUCUGUGGUAAUUGACUCAACUGGAAUAGCUCAAAUGGAUAUUUGUUAACAACCGACAUGUUUUUCUAGUGACAUGCUCAAUAUUUAAUGUGUUUUACGUACAGUUUGUUAACUUGUAUAACUUAAAGAUAAUUGUAACGUAAUGUUUUGAAGCCAAGCAUGUCUGCUUCGUGGUUUAUAAUGUUCAUUCACGUGGAGCCGAGGAUCUUUGACGCCUCAGCACAUUGACCAUUGUUUGUACAUUCUUGACGUUUGUGGAAGCUACUCGCUCUUUUAAAAUGUUUCAGAAAAAAAAAAAAUCAUGUUUUAUAUGGGUAAAGUGUUAUCCAUGAUUUGUUGUUGGCAAUAACUUCUGUUUGAAUGUCCUCAGCAAUCAUUGCGAUGUAAUCAGCCAACAGAUCUAUCACGCUGUCCGCCUAUGACAAAGACGUUUGUCUUUUUAUGUUUACUUUUGUUUUAAAACAUUCUUUAUUUGUCUAUGCAUUGUUUUUCUCUCUCUCUCUCUAAAAGGCGUCUUACUGUACAUUUUACCUAUCAGGGUUGUUCUACAGCCUUCGAUCAAGUUGUGGAUGAAUGUCUGUGUGCUUGAGUCUGUGUGUUUAAGUGUGUGUGUGUGUGUGUGUGUGUGAGUGUGUGUGACCAUCGUUGAACUUGCUAUUGGUUUUGAUUUUCAGCAUGCUGUUGAGUUUGACUAGGAUCGAUGUAUCUUUUUACUGUGAUGACCUGUCGUUGCCUAAUUGUCUUUUUUUUUUCUUUUUCUUUUUUUUUUAGGUUUUUUUUGUGUUGCUUUUGUAUUUUGUUUUCCUCUCAGUCGACAUUGAUUAGUUGGUUUUGUUUUGUAUGGCUGCUGACCAUGUCUUGACUUAAUGCUUCCAAAUCCUAUACCAACUGAACCAUUAAAGAUAUUUUAAA